AUACGUCUGGGAUGACGUCGAAAGUUCACUCAUUUCGGCUCUAGUUAGCUGUCUACAAUUGACGUGAUUUUUUCUCACCUUUCCUUACGAACACCACUUUCAAAAUGUCUGAGGCCUUUCACAAAGCCGCUGAAGAGGUGAAGAAAUUGCCAACAAAACCAAGUGAUGAAGACAUGUUGGAAGUUUACUCGCUUUACAAGCAAGUCACCGUCGGCGAUUGCAACACAGAUAGACCUGGAAUGCUAGAUUUUACUGGAAAGGCAAAGUGGGAUGCCUGGAAUAGCAAGAAAGGUAUGACCAAGGAAGCUGCUGAGGAAGCUUACAUCAAGAAAGUGGAAGAACUGAAAAAAGCAUGAUAGUUCUUUUUUUUUUUUUAAUUGAGGGAAUAAAUAGUUUUGAAGAAUUUUGCAA